UCGGGCGUAAAUAAAUCCGACUCGCCAAGGCGGAGGAGUCCCCGCGGCGCGACUUAGGGGACACGGAGGUCUCCGAGGGCGCAUGGGCGUUCGGGGACGUUGAAGGGUGCCUGGUUCUCCGGAGGGCCCCCCGGGGUCGAGGAUCCCCCGGAGAGUCUCCGGACUCAGGGCAAGUCCCAGGGGAUGCAGUGCAGGCAAAUCUCCUGUAAAGCUUGUGCUGGCGAGACUGCUGUGGAAAAGUGGGAGAACUGUCCCUGCCACCUCCAUGCUGGUGGGGCUGUGGAUAAGUACCUUCUGAGGCUAUGGAGAUGGAGACCAGAGGCUGGAGGAUUCUCUUACUUCUGCUGGUGACCUUAGUCAUGGUGGUCAAGCUGGAUCCCUUCCAGAGGUGGGGAGGCUUCCAGGAGAAGUCCAUGAGCAUGAAAAAUAUGAACGCAACACUCCACUUCUUCAUCCAGUCCUUCAACAAUGCCAGUAACGAUACCUACUUGUUUCAAGUUCAGAAGCUAAUUCAAAGUCAGAUGCAGCUGACCACAGGAGUAGAGUAUUUGGUCACUGUGAAGAUUGGCCGGACCAAAUGUAAGAAAAGCGAGGAAAGAAAAGCUUCCUGUCCCCUGCAAAAAAACAAGCUGAAAAAGACCCUGAUUUGCAUGUUUUUGAUAUAUACGGUGCCCUGGGUGAACUAUUACCAGCUCUGGAACAAUUCCUGUCAGGAUGGCUGAGUGUUCAAAGACCUAUGAUGACACCCAGAUAACUGCGUUGUGCACAUUUUUUUUAAGUUCUAAAAGGCCGUAUGCACCCCCCUCCUCCAUGGAGGGUCUGUCUACAUACACAAGCACACAUACAGAAACACACACAUGCUUAUUUGUCCUUACAACCCUGACUCUCACCAACACUCAUGCUAGCAGCACCUCCACACACAUGGAUACUUCAUACUCACACAGAAACGCACUUGAACAAACACACUCCUGGCCUCACACACAUGAACUCACACCACUCAAACACACAUGCAGAUAUUUCCAUAACACCUCCCAUGUCUUCCCGCACUCCUAUCUUCAUGUACACACCUCACAGAUCUCAUAGAUAUUUGGUGGUCAUCAGGGCUGGUGCAAUUUGAGAGGAUGCUGACAUCUUUGGGGAGCUUCACAGUUCUUUCUACUUCAGGCCCAUGCUUCAACUUUUUCUGGGCUCAAACACAGCCCUCAUCACUUGCCUGAGUAUGAGGAACUCUAUACGCUACUUGGACACACAACACUGUGAUUCACAUUUCACAGCAGUGCAUGUCUGAAGUCUUCACAACCCCUGUGUGUAUUCAGUACAAUUGUACCAAGGCUGUGACUUACUAUGGCCAAAGGACAUGCAGCAGCAUCAGCAGGAGGAGGUAUAGGAUAGUAGCCCAGGAGAAGACAGGCAGAAACUCCCAGAAUCCCAGUGCAGCCCACACAGGGUGCACCUGAUUUCCAGUAGCGAACUGUGAUGGCACCUGUGACACACUGUCUGCCAGGGACCAGGGUUCAGCAUCAGAGACUCAGUGCUCAGGGUGUUGCUUGAGGCUGUUCCCAUAGGCACCUCUGCUUGGCAUGUGCCAAAUUCCAGAUUCUAGAAGGAGAGAGGUACUGGACAUAGACCUUAUUUGUGUGCAUAGUAUAGGCAUAUGGAAGUCCAUAGGUGGAAUUCCAACAUCAGUAUGGGGAAUAAUUACCCUCUAGGCCCUCAGACUCCAUGCAAGACACAGUUAGCCUGCAUUCUUACUUCCCUAUGGUGAUCUCUUCAGGCAUGGACAUGGUGGCUCACCCUUGUAAUCUUAGCCUUCAGGAAAUGGGGUAUUGCUGUGAGUCUGAGACCAGCCUGGGCUAUAGAGUGAG